ACCGGCGUGUGAAGGUAGUGAGGUUUGCUUUCUUCGUGUAAAAAUAAUUCGCGUGCGUGAACAAAAAUAUAAUACGUCGCACAUUUAGAGGUGUUUCGUUCAUUUUAAUUUAAAUUGAAAUUUGUUAUAUCAAUCGAUUUUAGGCAAAAUAAGAGGUGAGAGAGCAGCCCGUGCAGACUCUUUUAUUACAAUACAGCAACAACGAAGGGAGAACUUGUGAAGCUAACCGCGUCUGGGGAGCUUUUCUGUGAGGCUGUUUAUUUGGUGGAAGCUUUAAAUUAUCGAUUAGCAAAAUGGCAGACGAAGAUUUAUCGUUGAACGAAGAUCAACUUCUGGACAAUCUUGACGAGGCAAAUGGCGAGCACGAAGCGGAACUAAUGAACGAAAACGAGGAGGAAGCCAAUAUGCAAAUCGAUCCUGAACUAGAGGCAAUUAAGGCGCGUGUUAAGGAAAUGGAGGAAGAGGCCGAAAAAAUUAAACAAAUGCAAUCUGAAGUUGAUAAACAAAUGGCCGGCUCGACAACGGGCUUGGCUACGGUGCCAUUGUCGUUGGAAGAGAAGCAAGAAAUUGAUACACGUUCCGUAUAUGUGGGCAACGUAGACUAUGGAGCUUCAGCUGAAGAACUGGAAUCACACUUUCAUGGUUGUGGUACUAUCAAUCGAGUGACCAUUUUAUGUAACAAAGCUGAUGGCCAUCCCAAAGGCUUUGCUUAUAUUGAGUUCGGCUCAAAGGAAUUUGUUGAGACUGCAUUAGCUAUGAAUGAAACCCUUUUCAGAGGCCGACAAAUUAAGGUUAUGUCGAAACGCACCAAUCGUCCUGGACUCUCCACGACAAAUCGUUUCGCGCGCGGUAGCUUCCGUGGUCGAGGUGCACGUAUAUCUCGCGCCUGUUGUCACACUUCCUUCCGUGGCUCUCGACGUCCAAUAAGGGGUUAUCGCGGACGUGCUAAUUACUACGCACCUUACUGAUUAAUGUUUUAUUCCUACUUCUAAGAUUUUUUUUACAAUAUAUAAAAUGAUUUCAAAAAACAUUAUACAUACCGUUCGUUACCAAUCUCCUUAAAAAUAAAGAUGUCAAAAAAUAUUUAAUGACCAAAUAGAGCAUCAGACAAAAAAGUAGACAGCAGAAAGGAAAAAAAGAAAAUUGUAAAAAAAGGACCAAAUUGCUUAUAAAAGCGAAUAACAAACAACAAUAAAUGGUAAAACUAAAAUAUACUGCUAAAUAAAUACAGCCUGAAAAAAGAAUACAACGAGAAAUAAAUUACAGAAACAGUCAAAA